GAGGCGGUGGUGCAGCCGGCAGCACCCGGCAGCUGCGGCAGCCGGGGACCCUGGACCCCUCCCCACGCGAGAAGGAAGGAAGGAAGGAAAAAAGCCCCUUCCACCCAAGGAUGACACUAAACACCCAGCAAGACACAAAGACCCCCCUGCGUCGGCGAGCCAGCACGCCACUGACCCUGUCCCCCCGGGGCCACCAGCCUGGCCUCCUGUGUGCAGCACCUUCCACAAAAUCCCAGCAUCCCCGGCUGGGCCAGUCAGCCUCCCUCAAUCCUCCCACCCGACAACCUUCGCCUGCCCCCAAUGGUUGGUCCUCUGAAUCCAGUGACUCCGAAGGCUCCUGGGAGGCCCUCUACCGCGUGGUACUGCUUGGAGACCCUGGCGUAGGGAAGACCAGCCUGGCCAGCCUCUUUGCCGGGAAGCAAGAGCGGGACCUCCAUGAACAGCUGGGAGAUCUGGCUCUUUCCUCGAUUGCAGAAGAUGUGUACGAGAGGACCCUCACGGUGGAUGGAGAGGAUACCACACUCGUGGUCAUGGACACCUGGGAGGCUGAGAAACGGGAUGAAAGCUGGAGCCAGGAUUCGUGCCUGGAGGUGGGCAGCGCCUAUGUCAUUGUGUACUCCAUCGCGGAUAGAGGCAGCUUCGAGAGUGCCUCUGAGCUCCGCAUUCAGCUGCGGCGCACACAUCAAGCAGACCACGUGCCCAUCAUCCUGGUGGGCAACAAGGCUGACCUGGCACGCUGCCGGGAAGUCUCCGUGGAAGGUUUUGUGAGUCAGGAAUUCGGGCAGGACAGAGCGGGUUCAGCCCCUCUCUGGGGCUGCAGCUGGGAAACUUGAAGACUGGAGUGACUGGAAUCACCUCGCAAGUCUGGAGGUUGAGCUGGGAUCUCACCUCCCCGUGGCCCCUCCAAGUGGCCCGGUAUCUUUACUUCCUGUUGUUACUGUAAGGAAAUCACCGCAAACGCAGUGUCCUAACACAGCACAAAUCUAUCUUCUUACGGUUCUUUAUGGUAGAAGUCCAACGUGGAUCUCACUGGGCUAAAAUCAAGGUGUCAGCAAGGCUGCAUUCUUCUCUGGAGGCUCUAGAGGAGAAUCUGUUUCCUGGCCUCCCCAGCUUCUAGAGGCUGACCACUUCCCUGAUUCAUGACCCUCCCUCCAUCAUCAAAGCCAACAAAUUUCAGGCCAAGUCCAUCUCUUAGUUCCAUCCCUCUGAUUCUCCCUCGUCGGCCUCCCUCCCCACCCUUGUGGUCACAUUCAGCUCACCUGGAUAAUCCAGGAUAAUUUCCCUGGGUUAAAGUCAGCAGAUUAGCAAACAAUUCUAUCUGCGACCUUACCAGGAUAACUUCCUAUUUUAAAGUCAGCGUGGGGGACACCUGGAUGGCUCAGUUGGUUAAGCGUCUGCCUUUGACUUAGAUCAUGAUCCCAGGGUCCAGGCAUGGA